AUGUCGAUGGCCAAAGCCAGCCCUCAGACGAGCCCAGGCUUUUCCUUCCUGGAUGCGAAUAAGGAAGAAGAGGUUGGUGAAGCCGAGCUUGCUCCUCCCCGAGAGCUCAGCUGGUCUCGAGUCCGGCUGCAGUGUCGGGAUGCCUUUUCCGAGUUCUUUGGCACGAUGAUCCUCAUUCUAUUCGGCAACGGCGUGGUUGCCCAGGUCACUCUCAGCAAAGGCCAGAAGGGAGACUACCAGUCUAUAUCAUGGGGAUGGGGUCUCGGAGUGAUGCUCGCCGUGUACGUGAGUGGCUCCUCCGGAGGUCAUAUCAACCCAGCAGUGACGUUCACGAACUGCCUUUUCCGUCGAUUCCCCUGGCGCAAGUUCCCCGUGUACAUGUUGGCACAGGUGCUGGGCGCCAUGUGCGGUGCAUUCAUCGUCUACGGCAACUACAAGUCGGCCAUCGACGUGUUCGAGGGGGGUGCACACAUCCGUACGGUGCCCGGGUACUCGAACACAGCAACGGGUGGUAUUUUCUGCACGUAUCCGGCGGCGUUUAUGACGAAAACAGGCCAGUUCUUCUCCGAAUUCAUCGCCAGCGCUAUCCUCAUGUUUGUCAUCUUCGCCCUCAAGGAUGACGGCAACCUGGGCGCUGGCCCGUUGGCCCCGUUGGGUCUGUUCUUCACCAUCUUUGGCAUCGGAGCCUGUUUCGGAUGGGAGACCGGGUACGCCAUCAACCUGGCGCGCGAUUUUGGACCUCGCCUGACAACAUAUAUCUUGGGGUAUGGCCAUGAAGUGUGGGCGGCGGGAGGGUAUUACUUUUGGGUCCCCAUGGUCGCCCCGUUUUGUGGAUGUGCGUUUGGAGGAUGGCUCUAUGAUGUGUUUCUCUACACCGGGUCCGACAGUCCUAUCACCAGGCCUUGGAUGGGAGUCAGGGGGUGUUUUUCAAGGAAGAGACAGAAUCAGAGUCAAGUUUAG